UCAUAUGAUCGAUUCGUGACAGAGUUAGUCGUUCUCCACUCGCAAAGAUGGCUAGCCAGACGCAGGGUAUUCAGCAGCUUCUGGCUGCGGAGAAGCGCGCCGCCGAGAAGGUCUCGGACGCCAGGAAACGUAAGGCACGUCGUCUGAAGCAGGCCAAAGAGGAGGCUCAGGAUGAGAUUGAGAAAUAUCGACAGGAACGAGAAAAACAGUUCCGUGAUUUUGAAGCCAAACACAUGGGUUCAAAAGAGGACGUUGCUGCGCGCAUCGAGGCAGACACGAAAGUCAAGAUAGAAGAAAUGAAUCAGACCGUUGCCGUGCACAAAAACACGGUCAUGCUUCAAAUUUUGGAUUUGGUGUACGAUAUCAAGCCGGAACUGCACAGUAAUUACCGCAUUGAGGUCUAAGCCACAAGGAUUGCGUCUAAUAGCUAUAAAUAUGAUACGCGUCUUACGCUAUAAAUAUACAUUAAAUAUUACUGUUCACCAUAUCUCAAUAUGUAUUUAUCGCUGUUAUAUCGUAUGACAUGUUAUAUUUUAUCGGAGAAACUGUAUACAAUGUAGCUGUAGGCAGUGAUACUCAAACUAUUAACUAGAAUCUUUUUCUCCCGCAGUUGCUACACGACAAUAAUCGUAUUGUUAUUAUCGCUGAGCUUUUCACCGGCACGUAUUUGGACAGUUUGAGAAUUGCUGUAACGUAGUUGCAUCGUAACAAAGAGAAAAGACAAAAAAAAUGUAAUGUGAAUGUACUCAAACCGAGUAUCGUCGACCCGAUGCGUCAAGGCCUAGACACAUCGAGACGACGUAUCGGUUGUUAAGUUAGAUACGGUUAAGACGAUUUAGGGUGGUGGUUACGAGUUGUAUGUUGUUCGGUGUACGCCAUUAGAUGUCAUUCCAUGAUUCUGUCACAUCGAGGACGCGCGAUUGACAUUUUCCCUACAGCCUCUCGCGGUUCACGGACACGCUCCCAGUCGACGGUGGACCGCGCGACGAUGUAGCAAACAUUCAAGCCUCUUAUCCUUCAGCGGGAACGUUUAAAUUCUCUGUUGAUCUUGCGAGAUGGGCAGCUUUGCCUUACAUGUAUAUCCUUGUCUCUGUGAGCUGGUUGGUUGUCUGUACAGUAUUAAGUGUUCAAAAUACAAAAAAAAAAGGAAAACCCA